GAGAGGGCGGAAAUAUUUAGCUGUGACACACAAAGCUCUUGCGUUUCCGGCCAGCUCAGCGCGUCAGCCCUGUGGUGUUGUCAGUUUACAGCCGGCCAAACCCAGUCCCGCUUUACCUGGAACAUUCGUAGCGGACAGCGGAACAGCGGAACAGCCGGACAUCGCGGAGAGAUGGUGCUGCUGACGAUGAUCGCUCGGCUGGCGGACGGACUGCCGUUAGCCGCUUCGAUGCAGGAGGACGAGCAGGGAAGUGAAAAGUUGGGUCGGGACCUUCAGCAGUAUCAGAGUCAAGCUAAGCAGCUCUUCAGGAAACUCAAUGAUCAGAGUCCCACACGCUGCACUUUAGAGGCCGGCUCCAUGUCAUUUCACUAUGUUAUAGAGAAAGGAGUGUGCUACCUUGUGCUGUGUGAAGCCAGCUUUGCUAAGAAGCUGGCCUUUGCUUACCUUGAAGACCUGCAGGCGGAGUUUCAUGAGCAGCAUGGAAAGAAGGUCCCCACAGUGUCCCGGCCCUACUCCUUCAUUGAAUUUGACACCUACAUCCAAAAAACCAAGAAGUCGUACAUUGACAGCCGAGCGAGAAGGAAUCUGGGCAGCAUCAACACGGAGCUCCAGGACGUGCAGAGGAUCAUGGUGGCGAACAUAGAGGAGGUGCUGCAGAGAGGAGAGGCUCUCUCGGCGCUGGACUCCAAGGCCAGCAACUUGUCCAGCCUGUCGAAGAAGUACAGGAGCGACGCCAAGUAUCUGAAUACCCGCUCCACCUAUGCCAAGCUGGCAGCCGGUGGCGUCUUUUUCAUCAUGCUCAUUGUCUAUGUACGCUUCUGGUGGCUCUGAGAGAGAAACGAGAAGAAGUGGGAAAUGAGCUGCAACGAGUCCGCAGACACUUAAGAAAAGCUGUCACCUUUGACUAAAAACAGGAUCCCUGCUCUUAAUAAGACUUUGCAGACAUACCACCACCCAUUUUGUUCUCACCUGUCCAUGGAUGUGUGAUCUAAAUAUAAAUGAUGUCCCAAUGCAUCGUUUUAUUAUUAACAGUCAUACAGUAAUGCGCUAGUAUUUAGACUGAGAGGAAACGAGUGAAUGCGCGUGUGCGUGGGCAUUGUUGUUUUUGCAGGGGAUUACUUUUGGAGGGAAAAUGAAGAGAAACUGAAAUUUCCUGUUUUGUGAGUUUCCAAAGCUGUACUGUACUGUACUAGGAUUUAUUUGAUAGUGUUCGCUGUCUAAUAAUACAGAAAAGAGCAACAAAAAAAAAACAAUUUUAUUUAUCCUAAGCACUUCAUAUGGUUAACUGCGUUCUUUAACAUUAUAAUCGUAGUAGUGAUGGCUUGGCGGGCCUUGGCUACCCUUAGUUACAGAAAUAAUUGGAAAACAUGGCAUUCGUUCUUUUAGUUGAAUUGGCUCAGCAACAAAAUAGGGGAAGUAAUUAAGUUUUCUUCAUGGGAUAUGAAACAUUUAUUAGGGCGUCAGAAAAGGGGGAGGCUGAUGUAUUUCUUUUACUGUUUUGGGGCGAGCAGGGGUGGCUCCUUUAAUUUUACUUCCCCCAAAUUGAUAUUUCAGCCUUCCCUAGCAAGAGGAUUUAUAAUUUCCUUUUUUAAAGUAUGCAAUAGUCUAAAAACAGUGGUUCAAUAUGCACAGUGUUGUCAUAAAUCUGCCCUUAACAAUCUUGUCACAGUUUUAUUUCAUAUUUUCCCAUCACAGUCAACUCGCUAAUAGAAAUAUAAUAUAUAUGUCAUUAGAAACACAAUAUGGAUAUUCAUGUUUACGGAUAAUACUGAUUAAAUGAUCUCUACCAGCAGUAGUUCAUCGCCUUCACUUUAGCCUUCAUCAAAACAAACAGUUAAAUGUGUCACAUCAAGUUGGCCUAUGUCAGAUUUCAAGUACAGCCUAUUAGUAUCUCUUUAUUCUAAAAUAGAGUGUGGCUGGAAUAUUCAUAUUCCCUUUAUUGCACCGUGGCUGUGUGGACCCGCACCUUUCUGUUAGCAGUCAUAUAAAAAAAA